ACUCAAAAAGACCUUGGUAAAAGAGUUUGGUCUCUGGAUUUCCAAACUGAGUAUUAGUUUGAUUGCAAGGGCUGUCGGAAGAAGAGCUACAAAUAUUAUCGAAUGAAAUCCAAGUUCAAAGGUUGACCAAUUGUUUAAAAGUGUUACAAGGUUUGCAACGAGUGCCACUUGUGCAGAUAAGUUCAGAUUGUCUGGAUCAAAAUAAAAGAUGGCCUUUGACGAAGAGCGUAAGAAGUGUGCCGGCAUCUUUGGUGGCGGUACCUUCGUCUUGAUACUUUCCAUAGCCAUGAUCGCUAUUGGUGCUUACCAUGUGGAUUGGAAAUCCAACGAUCCUUUGAAUAACAACGAUUGUUCCGUCCAACCUCACAUCCCAAACUUCCUCAUGGCUGGAGGCAUAAUUUUCAUCCUGGGAAUGGUCUUGAGGGUCAUAUUCAUGCGGUGCUGUGUGUGUUGUGGCGAUAUUUGCAACAACAGCCUAUGCAAUUCGGUCAACUUUGGCUUCACGUUCACUUGUAUCUUGAUUUACGACAUUCUUAUCCUCAUCCUCUACGUGGUCUGGCUCUGUUACGGCUCGCAUUGGACCUUCGACGUUUAUGACCAACAAACGGACCAGAAUUGCCCAAACUUCCUCUAUUUCUUCACUUUUGCGUUGGUGAUCUUCCUUUGGUUCAUGUUCUUGAUGGCUUUGACUUGCGGCAUCUUGGCGCGAUUUUGCCAGUGUUGCUGGGACAUCCUCUGCUGUCGGCCAUGUGAAAGGAGAAAUCCGGCUUAGGCGAGUUUCCAGAGCCGUGCCCAAAGAAUACCUCUGAUAAACUAUGAACAAGUCCCUCCGCUCCAUGUAGGCAGGAAUUAUUUGGAUAUCAAAAUUUAAGUAUUCUAACCAAUUUGCCAUGGUGAACUAUAUUUGUAUUACAUAAGUGCGUGCAAAUUACUGUGUAUUGCUAUGAUUUAUAAAUAAUUACGAAGCUUUUUAUUCCUCA